UGUGCUGGGACCCCACGCCCUGGUACACUCUGGCCGUGCAAAAGUGUUUUAGUGAAUUUCACGGCGUCCAAUAUGAUGAUACGCAGAACGCGUCGCGCCUCUGCCUGGACGGCAUGUGGCACAAUUACUCGGACUACGUCAACUGCACGGAGCGCAUCGCUAACGUGUCCCCCACAGAUGUGGCUAGUCUCAUCUACCUCGCUGGCUACUCCCUCAGCUUAGCCGUACUCUCGCUUGCCGUCUUUGUAUUUCUCUAUUUUAAGGAUUUAAGAUGUCUUAGGAAUACUAUACAUACAAAUCUUAUGUCUACAUAUAUAUUAUCAGCUUGCAGUUGGAUGUUAAAUUUAGCUUUACAGAAUUGGUCAGACGAAGCUCAACAAGACCAAACAUCGUGUAUGAUCCUAGUUAUAUGCAUGCAUUAUUUCUACCUCACUAAUUUCUUCUGGAUGCUUGUUGAAGGAUUGUACCUUUACAUGUUGGUUGUUGAAACAUUUACAGCUGAAAAUAUCAAACUUAAAGUCUACACUACUAUAGGUUGGGGUGCACCGGCCAUAUUUAUCAUAAUAUGGGUUAUUUCGAGGUGCUUCGUAACCGUAGUCCCUUCCACCGGACCUGACGAGUUAACUAUCGCCAGCGAUACAAAAAUGUGUCUUUGGAUUCAUGAACAUCAAGUGGACUGGAUUCACAAAGCUCCAGCCUUGAUCGGUUUGGCGUUAAAUCUGUUCUUUCUUAUAAGGAUCAUGUGGGUUUUGAUAACAAAACUGCGAUCAGCGAACACAUUGGAAACGGAGCAAUACAGGAAAGCAACAAAGGCUCUAUUAGUUCUGAUCCCACUGCUGGGUAUUACAAACUUGCUAGUGUUGUGCGGACCUAACGAUGAUUCGUGGUUCGCGCACGCUUUCGACUACACGCGAGCACUGAUGCUAUCCACUCAGGGUUUUACAGUAGCUCUGUUCUACUGCUUCAUGAACACGGAAGUGCGUCAUGCGAUCAGGUACCACGUGGAGCGAUGGAAGACUGGCCGCACUAUCGGUGGCGGCCGGCGUCGAGGCGCAUCCUACUCUAAAGACUGGUCACCACGAUCCAGAACGGAGAGCAUAAGGUUAUACAGUCACCCUUCGAAGCGAGAGUCUGCAGCAUCAGAGACAACUACAACGACCCUACUGGUGCCCAGGACAUCACUAGCACCGCACCACGAUGGCAGACAUCUGCACGCUUGUUAGGUUUGCCUUCAGGAGUACAUAACGAGCGGCAGCGCAAGCGGCGAGCAGUCACCAGUGUGAGGCGUGGGGCGGGGGAGGCUGCAACGCCUGCGUACACUGCCAGAGGAGGACGACACCCUCGGCCUACCAUCCCCCGCCUCCCCCGCAGCCCCCACCACUAUCACCUAUAACAACCAACUUACAGACUUGAACUGUACAACGCAAGAACUGUCUUAUUUUAAUCAAUCGUCGAUGUAAAAUAACCUUAAGCGUCUACUCUUGUUCUCACCAACCAAAUCACUGAUCAUGCAAAGAAUAUCCGAGAGUCUCCACUGUCUAAACACAUGUACUGAAACUAUUUGUCUUCUCUUUUUUGUUAAAGACAAUGAAAGAGAUUUUUUUUUAAUUCUCGGUUAUUACUUGAACUAGGCACUAAUUGAAUUCAGUAACAAAGAUGAAUAUAUGUAAUUGUCAUGUCUAAGUACAUUUAAGUUAUAUCUGUAGGUAUGUAAGUUACAAAACGAAAUGCAUUUAAGCGUAAGAUAAGCAUAAUAUACUUUAAAGAUGUUUGUACAUAUACAAUCGAGUUAAUAUAUCUGAAUAUAUCAAGCAUUUAUCUCAUGAGAAUGAAAACACACAAACUGCAGUUACUAAAAUCUUAUUAGAUUACAAUUAAAACCGUCUAAAUCGUGGCCUUGCCUUGUUCCGGGAUUAUUCUUAAAUAUUAUCCAUUUAACAUUUUGAAAGCAUCUAACAAUAGUUCCCUGUCUUCCAAGUAAACGCUUUGAACAUAGAAGUCCCCUCAAUGGUAUACGAUCGAGGAAUCAAUUGAAAGUUAACAAAUUGAAGCAGAAAUUUCGGAGUAGGGGUCUAACCGAAAAUAGUAUAAUUAACAAGAAAGUUUGAGAUCUCUGAUCUACUUUAAAAAAUAGUUUUUUAAAUUCAUUCUAAAACGUCAUAAGUAGACUCAGCACUAAGUUAUUUUAGCUUCAGAAAAUGCGAUUUCAAUGUACCAUUUAUUCAUAAAAGACUUUUAUUACCCAUAUAAAUCAAGUUUUUAAAUAUGCAUUUGUAAAUAUAAUUAGUUAAUAUGACAAUCUAGGAGAUCAUUGUUAAAAACUUAGUCGUAAUUUUAUUAUAUUGACCAUCUUAUGAUUGUAAGUAAUAUAUGAUACAUU